AGUUUUGUAAAAGAUAACACAGAAAAGCGAGUCAUCGUGGUUUGAGCAUUGGACUAUGGCCAUCUAAUAAUGGCCAAAAUUAUUUGAAAGAAGGCCAGGAAAUGUCUAUUGGCUGCUAUUAUCAUUAUUAUCCAUUGUGGUUUGAACAUUGGACUAUGACUCUGCGUUGGAUUCCCCGCUUGGCCACGGAAACCCAUUGGGUGACUUGGGGUGAGUGAGUCACACUCUCUCAGCCCCAUAAAACUCCGUGAUUGGGUUGCCUUCGGGUCACCACAAAUUAGAAACGACCGGAAAGCAACGAAGGCAUAGAGCAGCCUUCGAGUGAAUUCCUCCCAAGGUGCCAGUUAGCCGGGCCAUUGCGAAAACGAAAAGUGCCCAGAUUGCUAAGUCUGUUCUUCUUUCAUAAAAGCGUCAAUGAAUUGGGGGAUUAAUUGCCACAGAAAUGAUUGUGUAAUUCUCUCGCAGCCGUGACCGGAGGGAGUGGCAGCCGCUGAAUAAACUUGCAACUUCCUUUCCUGCCCCCCCCCCCCCCCCCGCCUCCCCAUUUCCCCUUCGGGACACUUCAUAAUGCAACUCACAAAGGAGAAGGAAGCCAUGGAUGUGUCAAUUUCGGAUAAAAGCGCGGUGCAGUUGUUGGCAGAGUUUUGCCGGAGGGCAGUCGUCCCACCAAACUUGACAACGUUUUGCCAGGAGCAGAAGCAGUCAGAUCAGCCGCGUGGAGCUGCGAUUUAGUCCAGGAAAUUGCAGGUUCCCCAAGGAAGGGAAGGCGGUUAUCCCAGCUAGAUAUAGAUCCUGGUUACCUGAAGGGCGAUCUGAAUACUGAAAUCCCUGGAAAUGGAUAACAUCACAUCUACAGAGAUGGAUAACAUCACUUUUGAUGUGGGGAAGAACUCGUGCACUUACCAUGAAGAGUUUAAGCAAAUCCUGCUACCAGUGGUCUACUCCGUGGUCAUGGCACUGGGGCUGCCCUUGAACGCGGUGGUCAUAGUCCAGAUCUGGCUGUCCCGGAAGGUGCUAACCCGCAACAUGAUCUACAUGUUGAACCUGGCGGUGGCCGACUUCCUCUACGUCUGCUCCUUGCCCCUGCUUAUCUACAACUAUGUCCAGAAGGACUACUGGCCCUUUGGUGACUUCACGUGCCGCUUUGUGCGCUUCCAGUUCUACACUAAUCUGCAUGGCAGCAUCUCGUUCCUGACAUGCAUCAGCGUCCAGCGCUACUUGGGCAUCUGCCACCCACUGGCCGCUUGGCACAAAAAGAGAGGCCGGGGCUUCACCUGGAUUGUGUGCGGCGUGGUGUGGUUAGUUGUGGCGGCCCAGUGCGUGCCCACCUUCAUCUUUGCCUCCACCGGCACCCAGAGGAACCGGACCGUCUGCUACGACCUGAGCACACCGGAAAGCUCCGGCGACUAUUUCCCUUACGGCCUCACCUUGACCGCCACAGGGUUCCUGAUCCCCUUCAUCGUCGUCUUGGGCUGCUACUGCCGCAUGGCCACCAUCCUGUGCCAGAAGGACGAGCUGAUUGGGCUGGCCGUCCGCAAGAAGAAAGACAAGGCCGUCCGGAUGAUCAUCAUCGUGGUGCUGGUCUUCGCCAUCAGCUUCUUCCCUUUCCACUUGACCAAGACGAUGUACCUCAUCAUCCGCUCCAUUAAAGGGACGCCCUGCCUCACCCAGCAGACCUUUGCCAUCGUCUACAAGUGCACCCGGCCUUUUGCCAGCAUGAAUAGCGUCCUGGACCCCAUCCUCUUCUACUUCACCCAACGCAAGUUCAGGGAAAGCACCCGGCAACUGUUGGACAAGGUCAGCUCCAAAUGGAAGCACAGUUCCUGAAGGAGCUUCGUUGGCAGAGUGUGGAAGCAAGUGCGCCUUUGGCUCAAGGGAAAGCAGGCAAAGGAGGGCUUCGUGGUGCAUGGCACACCACCUCUCCCUCAUUGCUGAAGCAAGCGACAAGGAAGGGGAGACGAUGCAUGGGCUCUGUGGCACCUGGUACACAACCUCUCUCAUUGUUAACCCUUGGCCAAACAAGACUAAGAGUUCAAAGCCUUGCUAGAGAGAUUGACUUUGGGGUGCCAAGGAUUGAGUCCGAAUCUGUGCCGAAUCCUCCAUCUGCUGGUGUCAGCAUCUUCAAGAAGGAGAAUGUUACCUUGUAAAUACUGAAUCACCGGUGUGUUAUUGUCUUGUGUUGUAGCUGAGGUGAAACCAUUUCAUACCGGUUUGGGAGACGGCCUAUUCUGUCUCCAGUGAGCAAGAAAAGAGAAAAGGAACAGUUAUGGAGGAAAGCUCAUCGGUUUGGUGUUCGAUGGCACACGCUUGGUCUGGAAGGCUAAAGAAAGAGGGUCCAGCUCAUGCUUUUGCAAGACACAGUAUUAUGACUAUCGGACCAAGUUGUCCCAGUUGUUCAGACUGCUUGUAAAAAAUCAAUAGGUUCUAGACUGUAUGGGGAGACAAGCUGUAAGGUUCUGCCCAUUCUGUCUCCUCUACCUUCUUCUGUAAGACUCACCUGGUUCUUGGGUUGGGGGAAUGCAAUCCACACAGUCAUUUAGUGGCAGAGGAAGAGCAGAGAAGAGAAACAUGCAAUUAUAGCCAGGCAAACAACAACAAAGGUACUCUCUGAGACCUCCUGAAGGUCUCACCAUCAUUGGGCUUCUAGCUAUAGUAGGAUAGGUAAGGAUGUAGCUCAGGUAUGGGCAAACUUUGGCCCUCCAGGUGCUUUGGACAUCAACUCUCGCAAUUCCUAACAGCCUACCGGCUGUUAGGAAUUGCGAGAGUUGAUGUCCAAAGCACCUGGAGGGCCAAAGUUUGCCCAUGCCUGACAUAGCUGGACAUUUGUACUCUAAUCCUGUGCUCGAAUGACCACUAGAUGGCCCUGCUGGGAUGCCUGAGUCCUAUAUUGCAAGGGAUUGGAGAAGUUUGCACAAAGGAGCUGGUAAAACCCUCCUUUGUCCGCCGACAUAUGCUGGCGUAUGUCACAAAUCUUCAACAUACCUAUAGGCUGCUCAGAAAGGGUGGCAGCAAAUGCCCCUCAAAACAAUAUAGCACUUCUGUUCUACAAAUUGCUACUUAUUUAGGAAAUUGUGUACUUAGUGCAUGUAUAUAUAUGUCUCAGAAGAGACUCUGUUCAAUGCAAUCAGUGUUUCGUGCCUAAAUGGUGUCAUUUCUUUUUGAGUUCAACUUUUUAAAAAUAGCAAUGAAUGGCAAGGGGUGGAACUGGAUCUAUGAGUCUUUGAUUCAUAUCUUGUCCAGUGCGUCUUAAAUAAUCUAAUGUAUAACAAAGGCAGGGGUUUUCCUCCCAACGUGCCAAGGAUUUAUAUAUUUGGCCAAUGACCAUAACAUACACUCCUACAUUUCACCAUGAAAACAAGGCAAGGAUUUUCCUUCAAAAUGUGCCCAAUCUAUAUAUAUAUAUAAGGGUAAUGAAAUUUCGGCCUAGGACAAAACAACAAAACUACACAUCCCAGAAACACUAAACUUGGCAGCACAACCCAUCAUCCAUGCCUCUACGUUCAUACAACAAAAAGAAAAGAAAAAUAAAGUCCUAAUUAGAGGGAGAGGAAGAAUUGUUUUUAUCCAGUUGCUGCCAUUUAGAAGGCUAAGCUCUGCCUACUUGGUCUCCUAGCAAACCACUCAGCCCAGGGGACAGGCAGAGUUUGGCCUCACUUACGCCUCUUCCACACUGCCUAUAAAAUACAGAUUAUCUGAUUUUAACUGGAUUAUAUGGCAGUGUAGACUCAAGGCCCUUCCACACAGCUAUAUAACCCAUUUAUAAUGGACUUAAUGUAAGGUAAAACCUUUACCCUUUACCUUAAUAACCACCAAUUCCUCAAUACUUUAUUUCCCAUACCACCAUACUUCGCCACAGCAACGCGUGGCUGGGCACAGCUAGUCUAUAUAUAUAAAAGGAGAAUGGCAUCGCUCCACCGGGCAAAACAACAAAACUAAAGGCCCCCCUAAUCUCAAAAUUUGAUAACAGAACCCAUCAUCCACGUCUCUAGGUUCAUACAACAAAACCAGACAUUCCCAACCUCCAUGGGGCCUAAAAAAACCCCCAAAAACUGGAACGCUCCAUCUGCGCCUAUCCCCAGGCUUACAAGUAGCGAGUCUACUCACUGCAAUUCCAAUUGGCCACAGCAACGCGUGGCAGGGCACAGCUAGUGGCUGUAUAUGUUCCCAAUGAGUAAAACAUACCCUCUGACGUUUUAUAAUCCAGGUCUAUGUGGCCAAGAAACAUCAGAGUGUGGUCAAGAUGGCAGAAAUAUAUUACUGAGGAAGAAUACACUAGCUAGGAGAAUCUACAGUGGUUUGCUUUUGCCUGAGCCAACUAGGAAAGGCAAGAUCGCUUUCCUACUGAAUUAAUUGAAUGUAUUCGACGUUGGCACUUUGGACUUGGUUUGUUGCAACUGAAGUACGAUAAAGUGGGAGGAAGAGAAGAAAACUGGAGCAUUUUAAAAGCAGCUGAGAAGGUGGGAAGGCAGAGGAUUAAUUGGGGAUAUCAUUGCCUAACUGGGACAAUUGGGAAGUAUGUUACAAUUGUAUGCUUUCUGUAAACUCACCAGGGACAGAUACUGUUGCAAAGAUCAUCACUUGGAGUAGCCUUGUUCCAGUGGAAAUCCAGGAUAUCUGUUUGGUGGCAAACUGGAAGUCUCUUGUGUUUUGUGGAAAUGUUAGAGGACUCAUCUUCAUAUACAACAUGUAAUGUCCAAAAUGUGGACUUCGCAGUUUUCUGUGCCAAUUUGUUGACUGUAAAAAGGCUACAAUACCCAAAGAUUCUUGGUUUCAGAGAAACACACUGUGGCAAACUUCCCAUUACACUAGAGUCUCACUUAUCCAACAUAAAUGGGCCGGCAGAACGUUGGAUAAGCGAAUCAUAGAAUCAUAGAAUAUUAGAGUUGGAAGAGACCUCAUGGGCCAUCCAGUCCAACCCCCUGCCAAGAAGCAGGAAAUCGCAUUCAAAGCACCCCCGACAGAUGGCCAUCCAGCCUCUGCUUAUACGUUGGAUAAUAAGGAGGGAUCAAAGAAAAGUCUGUUAAACAUCAAAUUAGGUUAUGAUUUUACAAAUUAAGCACCAAAACAUCUUGUUAUACAACAAAUUUGACAGAAAAAGUAGUUCAAUACGCAGUAAUGCUGUGUAGUAAUUUAGGAAUUGUAUUUACGAAUUUAGCACCAAAAUAUCACGAUGUAUUGAAAACAUUGACUACAAAAACGCGUUGGAUAAUCCAGAACGUUGGAUAAGCGAAUGUUGGAUAAGUGAGACUCUACUGUACUACUGAAACCUAAAAGGUGCAUACAGGGUGCAUCCACACUGUAGAAUUAACACAGUUUGACACCACUUUAACUGCCCAGAGAAGACUGUUGAAUCCUGGGAGUUGUUAUUUGGCAAAGCACCAAGGCUGUUUGCCAGAAAAUGCAAAAGGUCGUGUGAAACUAUGACUCCCAUUUUUUUAUUGUGCCAGAAGCAACGUGAGAACAUACUGCAAGUCGUUUCUGGUGUGAGAGAAUUGGCUUUCUACAGAGACGUUGCCCAGGGGACCCUCAGAUGUGUUACCAUCCUGCUGGGAGGCUUCUCUCGUGUCCCCGCAAGCUAGAGCUGACAGAUGGGAGCUCACCAUGUCUCACGGAUUCAAAUCGCCAACCUUAAGGUCAGCAACCCAACCUUCAGGUCAGCAAUUCAGCUGACUCAAAGGUUUAAUCUAGUGGUUCGCAACUUGUGAGUUUCCAGGUGUUUUGGCCUACAACUCCCAGAAAUCCCAGCCAGUUUACAAGCUGUUACCAAUGGUUUAACCCAUUGUGUCACCACGGCUCCUUUUUGACUGAUUCCAUGGCAUUGAGCCAUGGCUGUGGUGUCAAACUGCGUUAAUUCAGUAGUGUAGAUGUAUCUUCAGACCUUUUGGUAUUGUGGCCUAUGCCAUUCUCAUUGGUGCUCCAUGGAUAGAUAGAUAAUUACAAUUUUCUCGUAGGCAUGACUGCAUAUAUAUAGCAAAAUAACAGACAUUGCAAAUAAAACUAGUAGAAAGCAUAAAUGCAUGUGGUCAAACACAUUUUCUAAAAUACUGAUUUCCAGUCGGUAGGUCUGUGGGUUGCAAAGGUAAAUGCUACACGUAAUAAGCGUAAUAGUAAAUUAUUAAAAGGUCAGUCCCUAAGUGCAUGUGUGAGCCAAAAGGGAGGAACCUCAAAUAAUAUAAAAGUUGUCUAAUGUGUUUUAAAUGUGUUUAAUUUAUUGACUUCUUUUAAUAAAAUUAAAAAAGGGAUACAAGACAAA